AAAAUAGUUAAUCCAUUUCACAAGUGGAAUUGUUUUUAUGAUUAAAACUGCGUUAAUUGAAUCAAUCCUUUGGAUCCCCUCCCAGGAUUAUUUAAGAAUAAAGAAUUAUAGAUAAAUUAACGAGCAAGAAUAUUACUGAGAGUUUGAACUUUUGUAUUGAAGAUUCUGGAAAAAAUUGUAUCUACAGAAUUUCUGUUAAUUGGUAGUUAAAAAUAAUUCAAAGUCGAUCCAUCCUCGUAAUUAAAACAGGAAAUCUGAAAUAGGAGAAUUAGUAUCUCACGGAGAUAAAUUUGUAAAUGUGAAAUCUAUCUUUACGUUUAUUGAAAGAACAGAUGUGCCCACCGAAAAUGAACAAGUCAGUGAUUAUCAUAUUCCUGGUUUGCGUGGUCUACGUAAUAGCUGAAAAUGACUAUAAACCAAAUGACCUUCUGGAGCCUGUAGUAACUGUUCUGCAGAUUCAUGAAACCACUAAAUUGUCGGAAACUGAUGAAACUAAGAAAAAGUGGGGUGUUAUCUAUCCCGGUACUAAAUGGUGUGGACAAGGAAACAAAGCAAAAGAUGAGAACGACUUGGGCAAAUUCAAACAGACAGACAGGUGUUGCCGUGCUCAUGACAGAUGUCCGGAUAAAAUUAAAGGAGGAACAUCCAAACACGGGAUAGAAAACAAUGGCACUGUCACAAUAUUGAGCUGCCACUGUGACGAUAUUUUUUUCGAUUGCCUCAAGGGUGUUCGGAGCAAGGCGAGCAAGAUUGUUGGCACCUUGUACUUUGACAUUGUCAAGAACAAGUGCUUCCAGCCUUCCGCGGAAAACUACGGAGAAUAUGUUAUGACGAAAAGUAGAAAAUUCUCAGGGAACAACUUCAUUAAAUUCAUAAGGAAACUGUUUGGAUAAAGUUAAGGAUUAUAUUCAUAGAGAGACUACAUCUCUUCAUCUUUACAAUCAAUGAAUUUCUAACGCUAGAAAAAACGUUUUUGUGAUUGAGAAAAUUGUUUUAUCUAAGAAUGAAUAAUUGGGAGUAAAUUUUCUGCGGAUUUUUAAAAAUAAAAAAAAGAUUUUUUAAAAUUCAAAAGAAAUGAUAGUGGAAAGUUUUUUUCUUUAGUUGAGAAGAAAGUCAUAAAAGCUAGUUCAAUGAAAAUUCACGUCAAGACUCAUUAUUAUAUAUAAAAAAAAUAAGCGUUGUGAACUCACGAUCAAUAUUUGCGGGAUUUCGUCUCAAAAAUGACAAUAUUUUCACUCGAUAACUCAGGAUUGAACGGAGUAUUUGUACAAGUACAUGACAGAGUUUGGUAAUUUCCGGGAAAUUAUUUCAAAAAUCAAUACUGUUGUGACGACAAUAAACAAAAUAUAUUGAUUCACCACGUCA